GUGAGUGGUGUGUGUGGCGGCGCCCGCCACGGACGAAGCGAACGCGGAGGGACUAGACCCCGGUGCUGGCGGCGGGGUGGGAGCGCCACGCCCCCGCCGCUCCCCACGGGCCCUGCCUUGUUUUUGCGGGGGGAGAUCGCCGGCCGGGCCGGGUGAAGCCCCCUCCUCAGGACGGAGAGACGCGUUUCAUGCAGAGGAUCCAGCACCGUUAGGAUGCUGCCCCAGAACCUGCCUCGUGGUCUUUUGGCUUUGACUCCUGAGCUGCACAGUGGCGGUUUUGAGCAGGAUGACUGCAGAUGGUGUUGAAAAACUCUGAGGAACUGAAUCGCAGAGGAUGACCUAGCAGUGGUUCCAAGCCUAGGACAAGAUAUUCCUUAGUGACUGUCAUUCUUGGCUCUGAAUGUUACAGAUAACAGCAAACAGGCGUACUCCUUUAUUUCUGAAGUAUUCACUUGACCUUCUAUCAGUAAGACUGACCUUUCUAAUCUGCUUCGGGAGAUAUUAAUGGAAUGCAGUCAUGUCCACUCAAGACGAGAGGCAGAUCAAUACCGAGUAUGCUGUGUCCUUGCUGGAGCAGUUGAAGCUGUUUUAUGAGCAGCAGUUGUUUACUGACAUAGUGUUAGUUGUUGAGGGCACUGAAUUCCCCUGCCAUAAGAUGGUUCUUGCAACAUGUAGCUCUUACUUCAGGGCCAUGUUCAUGAGUGGACUGAGUGAGAGUAAACAGACGCAUGUACACCUGAGAAAUGUGGAUGCUGCCACCUUACAGAUAAUCAUAACAUACGCUUACACGGGUAACUUGGCAAUAAAUGACAGCACGGUGGAGCAGCUUUAUGAAACGGCUUGCUUCCUGCAGGUAGAAGAUGUAUUGCAACGUUGUCGAGAAUAUUUAAUUAAAAAAAUAAAUGCAGAGAAUUGUGUGCGAUUGUUAAGUUUUGCUGAUCUCUUCAGUUGUGAGGAAUUGAAGCAAAGUGCUAAAAGAAUGGUGGAGCACAAGUUCACAGCUGUGUAUCACCAGGAAGCUUUCAUGCAGCUGUCACAUGACCUGCUGAUAGACAUCCUCAGUAGUGACAAUUUAAAUGUUGAAAAGGAAGAGACCGUUCGAGAAGCUGCUAUGCUGUGGCUCGAGUACAACACAGAGUCACGGUCCCAGUACUUGUCUUCAGUUCUUAGCCAAAUCAGAAUCGAUGCACUUUCAGAAGUCACCCAGAGAGCUUGGUUUCAAGGUCUGCCACCCAAUGACAAGUCUGUGGUGGUUCAAGGUCUUUAUAAAUCCAUGCCGAAGUUUUUCAAACCGAGACUUGGGAUGACUAAAGAGGAGAUGAUGAUUUUCAUUGAAGCAUCUUCAGAAAAUCCUUGUAGUCUUUACUCUUCUGUCUGUUAUAGCCCCCAGGCAGAAAAAGUUUACAAACUGUGUAGUCCACCAGCUGAUUUGCAUAAGGUUGGGACUGUUGUAACUCCUGAUAAUGACAUUUACAUAGCAGGAGGUCAAGUCCCUCUGAAAAACACAAAAACUAAUCACAGUAAAACAAGCAAACUUCAGACUGCCUUCAGAACUGUGAAUUGUUUUUAUUGGUUUGAUGCACAGCAAAAUACCUGGUUUCCAAAGACCCCAAUGCUUUUUGUCCGUGUGAAGCCGUCUUUGGUUUGCUGUGAAGGCUACAUCUAUGCGAUCGGAGGAGAUAGCGUAGGUGGAGAACUGAACCGGAGGACCGUAGAGAGGUACGACACUGAGAAGGAUGAGUGGACCAUGGUAAGCCCUUUGCCUUGUGCAUGGCAGUGGAGUGCCGCUGUUGUGGUUCAUGACUGCAUUUAUGUGAUGACACUGAACCUCAUGUACUGUUACUUCCCAAGGUCUGACUCAUGGGUGGAAAUGGCCAUGAGACAGACAAGCAGGUCCUUUGCUUCAGCUGCAGCAUUUGGUGAUAAAAUUUUCUAUAUUGGAGGAUUGCAUAUUGCUACCAAUUCUGGAAUCAGGCUCCCUUCUGGCACUGUAGAUGGGUCUUCAGUAACUGUGGAAAUAUAUGAUGUGAAUAAAAAUGAGUGGAAAAUGGCAGCCAACAUCCCUGCUAAGAGGUACUCUGACCCCUGUGUGAGAGCUGUUGUGAUCUCAAAUUCUCUGUGUGUGUUUAUGCGGGAAACACACUUAAAUGAGAGAGCAAAGUAUGUCACCUACCAGUAUGAUCUGGAGCUUGAUCGGUGGUCUCUGCGGCAGCAUAUCUCCGAACGGGUACUGUGGGACUUGGGCAGAGAUUUUCGAUGCACUGUGGGGAAGCUUUACCCAUCCUGCCUUGAAGAAUCUCCAUGGAAACCACCAACUUAUCUCUUCUCGCCAGAUGGGACAGAAGAAUUUGAACUGGAUGGAGAGAUGGUUGCACUACCACCUGUAUAGUUGGGGAGUUCAGGGAGUGCACGCUUGGUUUAUGUAUUUUGUCAGUUGUUUGCUAAAUGAGAGGCUAUGGAAGGACUAAAUAGGAGUACAUAAAAAUCUAUCUUUGAUAAAUUUUA